CAGGUAGGGCACUUAAAUUCUUAGUUCCAUCUAUACAAGAAAGCACUAUCAGAAAAACAAUGUAAUGUUCUAUUGUGCAAUUAAUGGAUCCCCUAUCUACAAAAAAAAGUAAAUGCAGCUUAGUUGCUUUCAAGUGCAAGCCAUCAAAUGAACUUUUGAAUAUUUAAAGGAAUUUCAUUUUGACUAACUGUUAAACUUUUGUUAGAAUGCCAAGAUGAUAUUUUAAAAUGCUUGCAGUUGAAUCAAGCAAACUUGUAAUUGAAAAAUGGUAUCAAUGACAAAGAUAUUGUUACUGGAAAUGAGUCCAUUACAAUAUUGCUCUUAUCUUCAUGUUCAACCUACGGUAUCAAACUCGAAAUAUGGAAGUGUUAAAUUGUUUGGAGAUGUGAGGGUUAGAAACUAUAUAGAGAAGUUCAGUGAUAACGACUUGACCCCUAUCCAAUUUUUGGGUCAAUUCCCCCUUGCUCUGCCAUCAAUCUUUCCAUGCUUCUUCUAGCUGAGGCAACUCUGUACCGAUGUCUCAUUGAAGUAACUUUGUAAUAGAUGUUUCAAAGUGAGGUCAUCCAUGUUUUCUAAACUCUCUUCAUAGCAAAAGCUUGAUUAUCUACAUCAGCCUUUUAGACCGACAAUAAGUUUCUAUCAUAAAGCAUCUAUCUUCUUGAAACAGCCUAGUACGAUCGUUAGUAGAACACCUCACUUUGUUUUAGCACACAUGCAUUAUAGGCAUAUAUUUAUCCCUUCUAGCAUGUGCUAUGCGGAGUUGUUUUUGGUGAGUAUUAUCUUGUGAGUUGUGUCACUCGGAUAUACCAAGAUAAAAAUCUCAAAAUUUAUCCAUGAAUUGAAGCCCAACAAGAUUUUGUUUUUCCCAUUAUAACCUAAUAUUCAAUUGCAAUUUUUAGGCAUAUGAGUUCAGAGCUAUUGUUUUUGGAUUCAACAUGUGCUUUCAAUUUAGUUGCUAAUUCUACUUGAGCAGGAUAUUGAUUAUUAUUUACAUGGGUGUAAAUUCUAGUUGGUCGAGGAACUGAAGCUAAUUGGAGUAUGUUAGUGCUUGGAGAGAUUUUGCAAGUAUCUGAUUCUUGUAAAACUGUUCUCGAAUUCUCUUUGAUGUUAGCCAUGCCUCUGAUAUUUCACAAGAGAUUAUUAAUUAUGGCUAGAUAUGGAACAACUUGACAGUUACUGCCAUGCAUUAUUUUGUAAUUUUUUAUCAUGAAUAAAAUUCACUUGUUUAUGCUUUUCCUGAAGGGAAGAUACACAUAAAUCUUGGAAUACAGGACACCACUUUUGGCAGCUAAUGCGAUCAAGAAUACACACAGCACCAAUUCCAUGGAAGGGAAAGCGAUUGGGGGUUCACGUCUUUUAUGCCUCUUGGUGAUCUAUAUGACCCCAGUAAAGGUUAUCUUGUGAAUGACACAUGUGUUAUUGAAGCUGAUGUUGCUGUACGCAAAGUAGUUGAUUAUUGGACAUAUGACUCAAAGAAGGAGUCUGGCUAUGUUGGACUUAAGAACCAAGGAGCAACAUGCUAUAUGAACUCUCUACUUCAAACAUUGUACCAUAUUCCUUACUUUAGAAAGGCUGUGUAUCAUAUGCCGACAACAGAAAAUGACAUGCCGUCAGGGAGUAUUCCUCUGGCUCUUCAGAGCUUAUUCUAUAAGCUUCAAUACAAUGAAACUAGUGUUGCGACAAAAGAGUUGACAAAAUCUUUUGGAUGGGAUACAUAUGAUUCUUUCAUGCAACAUGAUGUUCAAGAACUUAACAGGGUCUUGUGUGAAAAACUUGAAGACAAAAUGAAGGGAACAGUUGUGGAGGGUACAAUACAAAAGUUAUUUGAAGGACACCAUAUGAAUUACAUUGAAUGCAUCAACGUGGACUUCAAAUCAACUAGAAAAGAAUCAUUUUAUGAUCUUCAACUUGAUGUGAAAGGCUGUCAAGAUGUUUAUGCUUCUUUUGACAAAUACGUUGAAGUCGAACGACUCGAGGGUGACAAUAAAUAUCAUGCUGAAGAAUAUGGUUUGCAGGAUGCUAGGAAGGGCGUUUUGUUUAUUGAUUUUCCUCCAGUUCUUCAACUUCAGCUAAAGCGUUUUGAAUAUGAUUUCAUGCGGGAUACGAUGGUAAAAAUAAAUGACCGUUAUGAAUUUCCCCUAGAGCUUGAUCUUGAUAGAGAGGAUGGGAAGUAUCUAUCUCCUGAUGCAGAUAAGAGUGUUCGCAACCUUUACACCCUUCACAGUGUUUUGGUUCAUAGUGGUGGCGUGCAUGGUGGACACUAUUAUGCCUUUAUCAGGCCAACUCUAUCCGAUCAAUGGUUCAAGUUCGAUGACGAAAGGGUUACAAAAGAAGAUUUGAAGAGGGCAUUAGAAGAGCAAUAUGGUGGCGAGGAGGAGCUGCCCCAGACAAAUCCUGGCUACAAUAAUGCUCCGUUUAAAUUUACAAAGUACUCGAAUGCAUACAUGCUUGUCUAUAUACGUGAGAGUGACAAGGAAAAGAUAAUAUGUGACGUGGACGAGAAAGAUAUUGCAGAACACCUUAGGAUAAGGUUGAAGAAAGAGCAAGAAGAGAAGGAAGACAAGAGAAGAUACAAAGCACAGGCUCAUCUCUACACAAUUAUAAAGGUUGCUCGUGAAGUUGACCUAUUAGAACAGAUAGGGAAAGAUACCUAUUUUGAUCUUGUGGAUCAUGACAAAGUUCAUAGUUUUCGUAUUCAGAAACAGAUGCCAUUCAACAUUUUCAAGGAGGAGGUGGCCAAAGAAUUUGGCAUACCUGUUCAAUACCAGCGCUUCUGGAUGUGGGCAAAGAGGCAGAACCAUACAUACCGUCCCAAUCGGCCUUUGACGCCACAGGAGGAAACACAAUCUGUAGGACAAUUAAGAGAGGUCUCCAAUAAAAAUCACAACGCUGAACUGAAAUUGUUCUUGGAGAUAGAGAUUGGAGUGGAUUUGAAUCCUCUUCCCCCACCUGACAAAACCAAAGAUGAUAUACUUCUUUUCUUCAAGCUUUAUGAUCCUGAGAAGGAAGAACUCCGCUAUGUUGGUAGGUCUUUUGUUAAGAGUUUCAGUAAGCCGGUUGAAAUUAUACCGAAGUUGAAUGAAAUGGCUGGAUUCAAUCCUGAUGAAGAAAUUGAACUUUACGAGGAAAUAAAAUUUGAUCCAUCUGUCAUGUGUGAGCGGCUCGAGAAGAAUGCUUCAUUUAGAUCUAGCCAGAUUGAAGAUGGAGACAUUAUUUGCUUCCAGAAACUCCAUCAGUCUCUUAAUGUAGAGAAAUACCGACAUCCUGAUGUUCCUUCUUUUCUGGAAUAUGUUAAAAAUCGUCAGAUAGUUCAAUUUCGAUCUCUGGAUAGACCUAAAGAGGAUGAUUUCUGUCUGGAACUGUCAAAAUUGCAUACAUAUGAUGACGUGGUGGAGAGAGUAGCCCAGAAGCUUGAUCUGGAUGAUCCAUCCAAAAUCAGGCUUACUCCACACAACUGCUAUUCUCAACAACCCAAGCCCCAUCCUAUUAAAUAUCGAGUUGCAGAUCAUCUGCUAGACAUGCUUAUUCACUACAAUCAGAUUUCUGAUAUUCUGUACUAUGAAGUGUUGGACAUCCCUCUGCCACUGUUGCAAGGUCUAAAAACUUUGAAGGUUGUUUUUCAUCAUGCUACAAAGGAAGAGCCUGUAGUUCACAAUAUCAGGUUGCCUAAGCAGAGUACUGUUGGAGAUGUUCUCGAUGAAUUGAAGACAAAGGUGGAAUUAUCCCAUCCAAAUGCUGAACUGAGACUGCUUGAAGUAUUCUACCAUAAGAUUUACAAGAUUUUUCCUCUGACCGAGAAAAUUGAGAAUAUAAAUGAUCAAUACUGGACAUUACGUGCAGAGGAAAUUCCAGAAGAAGAGAAAAACCUUGGGCCCCUUGAUCGCUUGAUUCAUGUUUACCAUUUCACCAAAGAGACUGCACAGAACCAGAUGCAAGUGCAAAACUUUGGAGAGCCCUUCUUUCUGGUAAUUCGUGAAGAUGAAACUUUGGAAGAUGUGAAAGUUCGUGUUCAAAGGAAGUUGCAAGUUCCUGAUGAUGAAUUUGCUAAGUGGAAGUUCGCAUUUUUAUCUCUCGGCCGGCCCGAGUAUCUUGAUGACUCUGACAUCGUGUCUAGCCGUUUUCAGCGGAAAGAUGUUUACGGCGCUUGGGAGCAGUACCUUGGAUUGGAACACCCAGAUACCAGCCCUAAAAGGCCAUUCACAGCUAACCAGAACCGUCACACAUACGAGAAACCGGUUAAAAUAUACAACUAGAAGAGAGUCUCAUAGCAUAUGUUGGUAAUGGUUGGUGACCCAAAAACAAAAACAAAAACAAAUGUAAAGUAUUUGAAGGAGAAGGCAGUCUAAAAGGUUUUGUUCAUCAUCUAUUAACUGUAGGCUGCUGCUAUUCAUUUUUUACUUUUUCACCUGUGGGUUGUUUGGCAGUUUUGUCUUGGGUUUAACUCUAAUGCAGUGCAGUACAUAACAAGAUUUUGGCUUAUGAAUUAUAGGUUGGUGGGUGGGUGGCCUUUUCUUCAACCCCUUUGUAAAACUGUUGGCUUUGACUUUGACUUUGACUUUGACUUGAUGGAAUUCUGCUUUGUGUAAAAAAAGUUGCUUACAUUUCUACUGCUUGGUUUAUUUGGUUGUUGA